AUCAGUGCAGUUGGCUUAUUAAGAGGACAUGGACACAAGCGUCCCCCUUGCAGUAGUCAUUCAGGUGGUGUAGCUGAAGACCCCAAAGGAAGGAGGUUUGAUCGCUUUCUGCCCUUGGAGGACCUUACCGAAGGGCAGGCAUGCGUCUCUUAGGGUCCACUGUCUUGUUCACUGUCCUCCUGCAGGCUUUGGGCACCUCGUCAGAGGACUGGCGUCUGGCCACAUCUAUUUAUGACUUCUCAGCCACAGACAUCGACGGCAACGUGGUCUCCCUAGAAAAAUACAGGGGCAACGUUGUCAUCAUCACUAACGUGGCCUCUAAAUGAGGCAAAACCCCCGUAAACUACUCUCAGUUUGCCGAAAUGCACGCCAAGUAUGCUGAGAGAGGUUUACGCAUCCUCGGCUUCCCUUCCAACCAGUUUGCCAACCAGGAGCCUGGCACUGAUGCUCAGAUCAAGCAGUUUGCAGAGUCGUACAACGCUCGUUUUGACAUGUUCAGCAAGGUCGAUGUCAACGGAGACAACGCUCAUCCUCUGUGGAAGUGGAUGAAGGAGCAGCCCAAUGGCAGAGGAUUCAUGGGAAAUGGCAUCAAGUGGAAUUUCACCAAGUUUUUGAUCAAUAAAGAAGGUCAGGUGGUGAAGCGAUACGGACCCAUGGAUGAUCCAAGUGUGGUGGAGCAGGACCUUCCUCCUUAUCUCAACGCCUAAAUGAUUAUGUCCUCUGUCUCUCUCUGAGCAUUACUGGAUAAGAGUUCUGGUUCCACCCGGACGUGUGACGGCCUGCCCAGAAACCCGCCUGACGGAAAAGGCAGACCCGAUGUAAAAAUGGCGUGCAAACCUGCCGAGGGGAUUACAGAGCUUUUAUUCAUGCAGUUGCCCGGAGAAAUGAUGGAAAUGUUUUCAUGAACAACACUGGAAUUUCUCCUAAUGCCAUAAUAUGAUUGUGUGUGGGAUUAAAAGCUCAUUAAACUUCU